AUAAGCCAUAAUUAAUAGUGAAAUGAUUGAGUCCAACGUGAGUCUGAGUUGCGCGUGGUGCGCUGGAGGAGGUGACGGGACCAGAGCGCACUUGGAUGAGAAUCACUCAGAACACGGUCUGAGUCCGACUGGACACUUGGUGGUCGCCGUGUGCCUUGGAUUCGUCGGAACUUUUGGGUUUCUCAACAACACGCUCGUUCUCAUCCUGUUCUGUCGCUACAAAGUGCUGCGCUCGCCCAUGAACUGUCUUCUGGUGAGCAUCUCAGUGAGUGAUCUGCUGGUGUGCGUCCUCGGCACUCCGUUCAGCUUCGCCGCCAGUACGCAGGGCCGGUGGCUCAUCGGACGCGCGGGAUGCGUGUGGUACGGCUUCAUCAAUUCAUUCCUGGGUGUCGUGUCUCUAAUCUCCCUGGCGCUGCUCUCUUACGAGCGCUACUGCACCAUGAUGGGGGCCACGCAGGCCGACUCUACCAACUAUAGAAAGGUGGCCAUGGGUAUUGCUUUCUCCUGGAUAUAUUCCAUGGUUUGGACUGUUCCGCCGCUGUUUGGAUGGAGCUGCUACAGUCCGGAGGGUCCCGGCACCACCUGCAGCGUCAACUGGGCCGCCAGGACAGCCAACAACAUGUCUUACAUCAUCUGUCUGUUUAUCUUCUGCCUUAUUCUCCCUUUUAUGGUGAUUGUCUACAGCUAUGGCAGACUGCUUCAGGCUAUCACACAGAUGAGCAGGAUCAAUACGGCGGUGAGUCGAAAGCGGGAGCAGCGUGUUCUCUUCAUGGUGGUCACCAUGGUGGUGUGUUACCUGCUCUGCUGGCUGCCCUAUGGGGUUAUGGCCCUGCUGGCCACGUUCGGGCGUCCCGGCCUGGUCACGGCAGCGGCCAGCAUCGUUCCUUCGCUGUUAGCCAAGAGCAGCACUGUCAUAAACCCCAUCAUAUACAUCUUCAUGAACAAACAGUUUUGCAGAUGUUUCCAUGCUCUCGUCAUGUGCACCACCCCAGAGAGAGGCUCCAGCUUCAAAAACUCCUCCAAAGUCACCAAAACUCUCAGGACAGUGCGACGCGCCAAUGGUCAGAAUGUGACCUUCGCGGUGGCCUCAGCUGGCCACCCCACUAUCUUUGCUCCUAACAGCGGCGGGCAGAAAAGUUCCUCAGAUGGUGAGAAACCGUCUCCUGCUGUGGGCCAGGGCACCAACAGACCUGCUGUUUCUCUUGUGGCCUACUACAAUGGUUGAGCUCAUGCAGUCAGGCCAAACCAAUACUAAUACAGUGGAAUUAGAAGUGACGGGGGUCACGGAUUGCAUAAAAAGAAAAGAGAAUUGAUAAGUGGGCGUGUCUUGCAAAGGAAUGUGGAACUAGGACACGCCCCUCACUGACAGUCAUGUCAUGUUGCGUGCGUGAUCUUUCUAGGGGAAAACACUAAGAAUGGAUAUUGGAAGUAAACAGCUGGAGAAGCCUGUUUUUUUCCUGAUAUUUUACUUUAACAAGGACACUUUCGCUACCAGUACCUUUUCAUGGUUGGACAACCAGUGUAGCACAAAUUGUUUAAAGUGAUGCUGUAGUUAUUCUUCUUGUAAUUCUUCUCAUCAUUUGGACAUGUACAAGUACUCAAAGCACAUGAAGGCCUGUUUGUGAAAGCAAUAGUUCACCCGAAAAUGAAAAUUAACUUAAA